AUUGAACACAACUCUGUAAAUUUGUCAGCUGCAGAGGACCCAAACAGAAAAACGCUUGGAGAGAUUCGGUUUAAGUUGUUUAACUUCUGGUUUUUUCCACAUGUUACAACGAUUCAAUAAGAGAAUGGGAAUGUGCCUACCGUGCCUUGGUGGAGCAGCAGAUGACGUGAUUGUCACCCCAGAUCCUGAGACAAGAAGACAACAACUGGCAGAAGCAGCUGAGAAAAGACAAAAAGAUACGGCGUACAGGGGCAUCAAAAAUCCAGAAGCAGUUGAAAGGAAAAGGAAAAAACAAGAAGAAAUUGAGAAACAAGAGAUGACCAGCUCUGUGUCCGGUGGUGGUGGGGGGUUAAAGUGGCAGGUUGGAUAAAGUUCCUGAUCGUACCAUCUCACCUCUGAUGUCCAAACAUGAAGUAUUUCUACAAGAUGACUUGGAAAUCUCUUGAAACUGACACCGUUUGCCCUUUAUCCCCCGUAUUUUUGUCACGAAUCAUCUGACAAACUUCAGACUUUGUGCAGAACAGUUUCAAACCGUUUCAUUCAAAACAAAGUUGUUGUCAACUUUUGGACGAGUCCUGGAUGACUGGUAUAAGUUUAUAUUUGAUGAUUGAUUUGGAUGUAGACAAACACUGAAGUCAGACUUAUUAAGACAAAGGUGUAUUUUUAUUGUGAAGGAUUAUUGUAGCUGUUGGUGGCCACAUUGUGUGUUUGUGAUUUAACUAACAACUUUUUCUGGCUUUCCUCAAAAUGCAUAAUUUUAACACCCACCUGUGAUUUAGUUCUGAACCUUUUGACAACAUGAAGAUUAAAGUUGUUUUGCUUUUCUCUAAAGUUUGGUGAUUGUCGUCACCGCCACAGAAGAUAACUUCUUUCAUCAGGAAGACUGUAAAAUGAGUUUUUUUUUUCUUUUUGCUGUUUUAUAUAAUGCUAUGAAAACAAACACUUGCAUGGUUUAACAUUUGGUUUGUGCAUCAGAUAAAUUAUUUGCUAUCUUUGGUUGUAUUUUCGAGCACAAUUUCCGCAGCGGCAGGCUACUUCUGCGUUAAAGAAACUAAAAUAUUUUUAUUUUCAAAACGUUUUAGCUCCUGACCCACAAGAUAAAGGGGCAGAGGCUCAUGAACCCAAAUAUUGCCAGUUUAACUUUACAGACUUUGCUAAUAUCACUAACCAUAGCAGCUAUGAUCAUAUUGUAAUUAUAAUUUAUUUUGUAAUAUUCUUGAAAGUAUACCAUUAGCAUUCAUUUUUAAAUUUUAUUUGCAUUCUGAAGAUUAUCUGAGGACCCUCAAUCAUGACCCAUAAAGGGGUCCCAACCAUAAUUGUGUGAACUACUGCUCUAAACAGAAGUGAUUUAUUUAUGUUGUGCAAAUGAUUUCUUGCACUUUAAGAUAUAGUAGCCUGCUUUAAUGGAUCGGUUGCACAGGUUGGGUUUGAUGACUUGAAGUAUUUAAAAAAACACUAAUAUGUAUUGAAGUGAUUUGCCACCUUUCAUUUUGUUUUGCUGCUUAUUUGUACAACAGUUUGCCAACAUUUUGGCAAUCAGCAAACAGACUUUCCUUCUCUUAUAAAACAUGAACAUGAGGAAAGGACAGUCGGCUUUAUAGUCUCGAUCUGUAAACGCUUCUGGAGCUCUUGCUAUUUUUGUAAAACACAAAAUCUUGCCAAUUUGCCUAUUUGCUACAAUAAAAUUACAUUUCUGCUA